GAGCCCUCUGCAGAGACGUCAUGCAGGAGAAUCAUCAGAAUGUGACCUCGCUGGAGUUUCCGCUUUUCAAACCUGAUGCAAUCUCCCAUCUGAAACAAGAGGAUGAGCCAGGGAUCCCAGAUCUCCAUGAUUCAGAGGAAAGAGAGAUUGUGAGAGGUGCCUGCAUAGGUGAUGGGAUGGUGAGUGAGAACGAGGAGAAGAAACCUCUGCAGGAAGAUGCUGAGCAAGUGGAACCACACAGGGCAUUGCUGCAAAUAUCUCAGGAGGACGUGUCCAGGAGUCAUGAGCAGAGAGAAGGUCGUGAGAGUCAGCACAGGCCAGAGAGGAAGCAGGGAAACAAGCCAAUGGAGAAGACAAAUAGCUCCAUUAAUUAUUGGGGACCUCAUGAGUACCUUGAGGAAACCAUAGCCGAGCACAAAAUCCACACAGCAGAGAGAAAUAACCCAUGCAGUGAGUGUGGGAAAAACUUCAGUAGACGCUCUGACCUUAUUAAACAUCAGAGAAUCCACACAGGGGAGAGACCUUAUGAGUGCUGGGAGUGCAGGAAAACCUUCACUCGCAGCUCAAACCUUAUUGCACAUCAGAGGAUUCACACAGGAGAGAGACCCUAUGAAUGCUGCAAGUGUGGGAAAAGCUUCAUUUGGCGCUCAAGUCUUAUUACACAUGAGAGAAUCCACACAGGGGAGAGACCUUAUGGGUGCUGUGAGUGCGGGAAAAAAUUCAUUGAGAGCUCAAAGCUUAGGAAACAUCAGCGAAUCCACAUGGAAGAGAGCCCCUUUGAAUGCUGCGAGUGCAGGAAAAACUUCACUCAGAGUUCAGAUCUCAUUGCACAUCAGAGGAUCCACACAGGAGAGAGACCCUAUGAGUGCGAUGAAUGCGGGAAAAGCUUCGCUCGGAGCUCAGACCUUAUGCGACAUCAGAGGAUUCACAUGGGAGCCAGACCUUAUGAGUGCUGUGAGUGCGGAAAAAACUUCGCUCGGAGCUCAGACCUGAUUAGACAUCAGAGGGUCCACACAGCCUAGAGACACUGUAGGUGCUCUGAGUGUGGGAAAGCUUGUCUCAGAACCCAGCCCUUCCUUCUCAUCAGAGAAUUUGCAAGGGAAAUAAACACCCCAAGAACUUUAUCAAGGGCUGA